AUGUUUUCGCGACAAGUAAAAGGAAAGGACGAUAUCGUUACAGCAAGUUAUAAGAUUGCAAAUCUUAUUGCGAAAGACCAACAAGCGCUUAAUAGUGGCGAGUUUAUUAAAAAGUGCAUCAUCGCAGCUAUUGAAGAAAUCGCUCCUGAGAAAUGCUCUGCAUUCAAAGAAAUAAGUCUAUCUCGGCCCACCAUUACUCGUCGCAUAGAAGACAUUGGUAAAAAUUUACAAGAUCAGUUGCAAACAAAAGCAGAACAGUUUUCUUUUUUUUCCUUGACUUUGGACGAAAGCAUGGACAAUCGUGAUACAGCGCAAUUACUCAUUUUUGUGCGGGGAAUAGAUCGAGAAUUUACAAUAACUGAAGAGCUUACAUCUUUACAGAGCAUAAAAGACCGCACAUCUGCAGAUGACAUUUUUGAAGAAGUUUUGCAGUGCAUAACAAAGUUGAAUUUAAAUUGGAAAAAUCUUUGCGGACUAACAACGGAUGGUGCACCAAGCAUGAUUGGUUCAAAAAAUGGAUUAGUCACAAAAAUUUUGCAUCAAAUGGCCACUCAAAAUUUAGAACAGCCAUUGCCUGUUCAUUGCAUUAUUCACCAGCAGGCGUUACGUUGCAAAAUACUCAAAAUGGACCACGUCAUGAAUGUUGUUAGAGACAUUGUGAACUUUAUUCGUUCUCGUGGCUUGAAUCAUCGGCAAUUCCAAGCAUUUUUGGAAGAAGUCGGGAGUGAAUUUUCCGAUGUUCUUUACCACAACCAGAUACGUUGGUUAAGCCGAGCCCAAGUAUUAUCACGCUUUUUUAAUCUUCUUGCUGAGAUAGAGAUUUUUAUGACGGAGAAAGGAAAAACAUUCGUUCAACUUUCUGAUUCAUUGUGGCUUUGGGACUUAGCCUUUUUGACCGACAUAUCUAGUCACUGCAAUGAUUUAAAUUUAAAACUACAGACACAGGGCAAAUUCAUAUUUGAACUCUUAAAUNCACAGGUAAAAUUUGUAGACUUGUUGGAAAAAUUAAAAACGGAUUUUCAUACACGGUUUAAAAAACUUAAAGAACAAAGUAUGUUGUUUCGAUUGAUUGAAAAUCCUUUUCAGAUGGAUGAAGCUGUAGUUCAGGAAAAUUUUCAAAUGGAAAUAAUAGAACUGAAAACUAAUACUUUACAAAAGGACUUGUACGAAGAAAAUCGAAAGAAUUUACCAAACUUUUACAAAAAUCUUGACGACGAAAAUUUUCCUGAAUUAAAAAAACUGGCUCAACAUAUCUGUAUGAAAAAACAUUUUCAAGGAUAA